AUGCGUCUCACUGCUUCCUUGGUAAUUUCAGUCGCAUUGAUAAUUACAGGUAGUCUUCCGUUCUCAUUCAGUCGUGGACGAUACGACGUUCAUGAACACCAAUACCAGGAUUCACAUGGUCAUAAGCAAGCGAUACCAAGGCCACUGCUGCCAUCCCGUUCGGACACAUCCAGAUCCUCUAUCCGCUCCAUUCGACGUGAACCGGAUGCAGUUAGAGAACAAUAUAUCAUCGACGUGUUCCAGAAAUAUUUUGGUCAGAAUAUCCAACAGAAUCCAAAAGGAUGGAACGAACGUUUCAGAAAAAUGAUGGCGUCAGCAUUCGCCUUCUAUCGUGGUUCGGCUGUUUUGUUCUAUCAAGAUAUGAAUAAAAUUGAUGAUCCGUGGGUGAGAAAUAACUCAAGGGCAUCAAACAUAUUCAUCCACGGGGAUCUUCAUGCCGAGAAUUUUGGCACAUAUCUCAAUAGUGAAGGCCGAUUGAAUUUUGACGUCAACGAUUUUGAUGAAGCGUAUAUGGGCCCCUUCACGUGGGAUCUAAAACGUUUGGUAGCAAGUUUAAAUCUUGUGCUCUACUCAAAAGGUUUUAAUGACCAGCAAAUUGGCGAUGCCUUGUCCGCGUGUGUCAAUCAAUAUGUGAAACAGGUAUACUAUUUUUGCCAUCAACAAAAAGAUCAGUUUGCAUUGACACUCCAGAAUACGCAGGGUAAGGUGCACGAUCUAUUAGAAAAGACAAAAACGAGUUCACACGCGAAACUUCUGGCUAGCUUGUCGCGCGUUGAAAAGAGUGAACGGCGGCUCGUUCGAGACAAAUCAUCCAAAGAUAUUGAUCAGACGUUGUACGUCAGAGUAAUGGAGGCCUAUAAACAGUAUCUGAGCACAAUAUCAGUGAACAAACACCACCAUAAUCGGUCGUACGUCGUCAAGGAUAUUGUUCAACGACUCGGGGAGGGCAUUGGCAGCGCUGGUCGAACUAGUUACACGAUUUUGAUCGAAGGCGGAUCAGAAACUCUGGAAACAGAUCGAGUUUUGUUUAUAAAAGAAGCUCAAACAUCAGCAGUGAGCUACGCGAGGAAAAACACUCAGUUCGAACACGAUUACCACAACCACGAUGGAGUACGAAUUGUUUUGUGCGCAUAUGCGAUGCAGGCACAUGUUCCAAAAUGGCUGGGAUUCACAACACUAGAUAAUAAAGCGAUGCUGGUUGAUGAAGUAACUCCCUAUAUGGAAGAUCUCGCCUGGGCAGAUAUUUCCAAAUAUACGGACGCCGUUCAAGUGAUCAACUAUUUGGGACAAGCAACAGCUAAAAUUCAUUGUGUAGCUGACGUUGAUUCGAAACAAACGCUUCAUCAACGUGGUUUCAAUGUACCAAUUGAUGUUGCUAAUCAGAAUACGGAAAAGACGAUUCUUGACGCAAUCAGCGGACGAGAAAACGAAUUUAUUCGAUAUAUCGUUGAUUUUGGAAUGGCUUAUGGUGCAUCAUCGCGUCGUGAUUAUCAACUGUUUUUUGACGCAUUUAGAAACAACAAAUUAUUGGACUACCGACAUUGCGAUUAA